AUGCCGACAGCGGAGGAGAAGACGAUGUCGAAGAAAAACAAAGACGUGAUCCGGCUAGAGCAAGAAUCCGUCAUACCUGUCCUCAAGCCAAGGCUCAUCGUCCACUUGGCCAACCUCAUUGAACAUAGCUCUGAUCGUACCGAGUUUUUGAAACUAUGUAAGAGAGUGGAGUACACAAUCCGAGCUUGGUACAUGUUGCAGUUUGAGGACCUCAUGCAACUGUACUCUCUCUUUGAUCCUGUCCAUGGCACUCAGAAAUUGGAGCAACAGCAGUUAUCUUCAGACGAAAUUGACGUUCUUGAGCAGAAUUUCUUGAGAUAUCUGUUUCAGGUUAUGGAGAAAAGCAAUUUCAAAAUAGCCACUCAAGAAGAGAUUGAGGUUGCACAUUCAGGGCAGUAUCUCCUCAAUCUGCCCAUCACAGUUGAUGAAUCUAAGCUUGAUAAGAAGCUUUUGAAGAGUUUCUUCGAAUCUAAUCCUCAUGAGAACCUUCCUGAUUUUGCCAAUAAGUACAUAAUCUUCCGUCGUGGGAUCGGCAUUGAUAAGACAACUGAUUAUUUCUUCAUGGAGAAAGUGGAUGUGAUCAUUUCACGUUUCUGGUCAUGGAUUUUGAGAAAGACCAGAUUAGAGAAGAUUCUUUCGAGAAGAUCAAGUUCACGGCUUAAGAAGGAUCCAAAAAAAGACGAUGGAAUUGUCUCUGAAGCAGAAUCAGAUGACUUAUACGUUGAGCGUGUCCGUCUUGAGAAUAUGGAGCUCAGUUUACGGAACUUGUUGAGUAAACUUACAAUUCAAGAACCCACUUUUGAUAGGAUCAUUGUUGUCUACAGGCGUGCAAGUUCUAAAAUAAAAUCAGAGCGAGGCAUAUAUGUGAAGCAUUUCAAAAACAUUCCGAUGGCCGAUAUGGAAAUUGUCCUGCCAGAGAAAAAGAAUCCAGGUUUAACUCCAAUGGAUUGGGUUAAAUUUCUUAUAUCUGCAGUUGUAGGACUGGUAGCUGUUGUUGGAUCUGUUGAAAUGCCAAAAGCUGACCUGUGGGUGAUUUUUGCUAUUCUUUCCACAGUGAUUGGUUAUUGUGCUAAGAUUUACUUCACGUUUCAACAGAAUAUGGCUACUUAUCAGAACCUAAUAACUCAAUCUAUGUAUGACAAGCAGUUGGAUAGUGGAAGGGGCACUCUUCUUCACUUGUGUGAUGACGUAAUUCAGCAAGAAGUGAAAGAGGUAAUAAUUUCAUUUUUCAUAUUGAUGGAAAACGGGAAAGCCACUUUGGAGGAUCUUGACCAGCAAUGUGAGGAAUUAAUACGAGAUGAGUUUGGUGAACGCUGUAAUUUUGAUGUUGAUGAUGCUGUUCACAAAUUGGAGAAAUUGGGCAUAGUUUGUCGCGAUACAAUUGGAAGGUAUUACAGCAUUGGGCUAAAGAGGGCAAAUGAGAUCAUCGGCACAACCACCGAAGAACUUGUACUGAAAGCUAAACAAGGAUCUGCUUCUGCUUGA